CCUAGGAGAGACUGACCUGGAGGAUGUACAAGGCAAGGAGGCAAGCCUCACUCAAAGUGCGGCGACGGGUCGGGAAGUAUGAGCUCGGGCGGACGAUCGGGGAAGGGACGUUCGCCAAGGUCCGGUUUGCAAAGGACACCGAGUCCGGGGAUCCUGUCGCCAUCAAGAUCCUUGACAAGGCCAAGGUUCAGAAGCAUGGGUUGGUCGAGCAGAUUAGACGAGAAAUCUGUACGAUGAAGCUGAUACAGCACCCCAAUGUUGUCCGCCUGCAUGAGGUGAUGGGAAGCAAGGCAAGAAUUUUCAUCGUUCUGGAAUAUGUCACGGGUGGAGAGCUCCAUGAUAUCAUCGCUGCCCGUGGAAGCUUGAAGGAGGAUGAAGCCCGCAGAUACUUUCAGCAAUUGAUCAACGCUGUUGAUUAUUGCCAUAGCAGGGGUGUAUACCACCGAGAUCUGAAGGUACAUCGCCAACCACUCAACCCCUCGGUUCCAAUUUAUGUAUCUGGUUUAGCAAAACAUGAAACUGACAAAUGGAUGUUUUAUGUGUGCCAGCUAGAGAAUUUGUUGCUUGAUACUGCUGGGAACCUCAAGGUCUCAGACUUUGGCUUAAGUGCGAUAUCUGAGCAGGCGAAGGCUGAUGGGUUACUACAUACUACAUGUGGGACACCUAACUAUGUUGCUCCCGAGGUUAUCGAAGAUAAGGGCUAUAAUGGUGCGCUUGCAGACCUUUGGUCUUGUGGGGUAAUUCUUUUUGUGAUGCUUGCUGGGUAUCUGCCUUUUGAGGAUGACAACGUCUCAGCCCUUUAUAAAAAGAUCUCUGGAGCUCAGUUUACUUGUCCCUCGUGGUUUUCUGAUGGAGCUAAAAAGCUGAUUCCCAGGAUUCUGGAUCCCAGUCCUUCUACUCGGAUAACUAUCCCUCAACUAUUAAAAGAUCCAUGGUUCAAAAAAGGGUACAAGUCACCUGUUUUUUAUGAGAAAUAUCAAACUAGUUUGGCUGAUGUUGAUGCUGCUUUCGGAGACUCAGAAGAAAAACAAGUUAAGGAGGAAAUCGAAGGGCAGCCAGCUUCGAUGAACGCAUUUGAGUUGAUAUCACUGAAUAAGGGACUGAAGCUAGAUAAUUUUUUUGAAGCUGAUAAGAAGUACAGAAGAGAAACAAGAUUUACAUCGCAAUGUCCUCCUGAAGAAAUCAUCAGUCGGAUAGAAGAAGCUGCUAAGCCACUUGGCUUUGACAUCCAAAAGAAGAACUACAAGAUGCAAAUGAAGAACCUAGAAGCAGGAAGAAAAGGAAACCUAAAUGUUGCAACUGAGGUCUUCCAAGUGGCUCCAUCUUUGUUUGUUGUUGAGCUGAAAAAGGCAAAAGGAGAUACUCUGGAAUUUCAGAAGUUCUAUAAAACACUCUCUGCGCAGAUAAAGGAUGUUGUUUGGGUUUGCGAGAGUGAGGUUGAAGAAAGAGGCUCCACAUAAGGCAGCUGCAGAGUGUCUUUCUCAGGAAGUAGUAUUUUAGGUUCUCAUGUAUAUAGUUGUCCUUUGUUCCUUGUAGAUUCGUCCUGUGCUCAAUGUAUAUAGAGCUUUAGGCUGGUUCAUGACUUCGUGGUCUAGAAGCAGAUGAAAUAUAUACCAGUAGGUUCAAGUGCCUCUCUUUUUUCCCUUGAAGAAGGAAAGGUUAAAAUCUUGUCUGUGUAGCAUCGAAGUGUACUGAUAUCAAGAUAAAAAAGAAUGAACAUGGGAGGACAAGAACAGGCAAUCGGGACUGAUUUAUUCUCAUCUCUCAAUGAGGCUAAUACGGUGAACAAGGUAUGCCAUCUGGAUAAAGCAAGCAAGCAUCAGGUUUCAGACACCAACGCAACUCAACCAGCGAAGUCCAGCUACUGCCUCAAGCUGCAACUUGUUCCCUCAGGUUUUCUGCUGACUGCACGCCGACAUUGUCCUUAUCUACUGAACUCUCUGAAUUUGAGGCCUUGGGAGCGUCUGCGUUCUUGAGAUCUUCCAGGAUGCUUGCGCUCCAUUCAGAAAGCUGCUUCACAGAUGCCUCAUCUGUAAAAGACAAACAAUCUGCCUCUCAAUCUAUUCACAAGAAAUUUCGACAGUUAUUUACAUAGAAGAAAGACAGGGAAGAGUGCAAACCAAGCCUGGGGACAGUGUGACCCUGGGGGUGCCUUAUGAUGAGAGGGUCAGCAAAGGCAGAAGCCAGCUCCUCGGAAGGUACUUUGAGCCAGUCUUUCUCUCCAAUGAAAUGUACAGAUUUCGCCUUGAUCGGGUCCUUGUAGGCCACAUCGCAGAUGCUUGGGUCCCUGAAUUUGCUCCCGGAUACUGACACCAUGAACUUAAUUGGUGGGUGAUCAUUCAGCACCUUGCCCUACAUCAUUCAACCUAGUCAGAAUCCACAUGGAACCAGAAGCAGACACAUGGUUUGGAGGACAUCUUCCUCUGAGAACCAUAUUUCCUGCCUAAAUUUCCAUGUCCUAGUAAAUACUUAUUAGAAUUGUUAAUUUAGAGACAGAUCUAAGCCUGUAUCAACAUGUUCUGCAUAAGAUUAUGAUAUCUUUGGCAUAUGCUCUUGAAGAAUAA